AUGCCGAACGAGGGUCUAAUCCCCUCUAUUCAACGCCAGAUCCGUAAUGGAAUCGGGUCAGCAGGCGACACAGUAGGCAACUACGUCAACAGCAACGGCAAGGCCAUUCAAGACGCGGCCACCGCAGCCGGCCGCAGGGUCGACGGCGUCGCGCGAAGCAUUAGCAACUCGGGGACGAGCGCGAGCAAAUCGACGAACAACGGGUCGCGAGCCGCGGGCACAUACGUACAGAGUGUAGGCCGGGGCGUAAGCCAGCAGAUCGGCAGCUACUCUAAUUACGCCGGGAGACAGGUCGGGGCGGCGGGGAGGUAUGUUGAUGGGAGUGGCAGGGCCGCCGGCGGCCGGGUAGGGGACUUUGGGAACUCGAUCAAGGACAAGAGCGGGGCCAGGGGCGCGAAGAUGACUACGCCUCAGAAUCCCUUGGGCUUGAGUGGGAAACGUGCUGUGUGA